GAGUCUCUCAUUCCCGUUGGAGACAGCGCGUCUGUGUCCGAACCAGAAAAAGUAUAUUCUACGUAAGGAUAUAUCAUGACAGAUGAUGUAAUUUCCUGUCUCAUUUUUUCCACCAGCGCUCAGCAAACACGCACACAGUGAGCCAUGGCGCGAGUUCUGCCACCGCCGUUGCUGCUACUGCUGCUGGUAAAAUUAAAUUCUGGAAGCUCCUCCAGCCUGGUGCAACCGGAUUGUACUGAUGGAAGUACACCAGUGGAGAAAGGAAACAGCGCAGUAGUCUAUGAAGGACUUGCUGAGAAAGAGAAAGAUCUAACUAUCAAAUUGUAUGUGUGGGUUGCGGAAGAUUUUAAAGGUGUUACUCUUGAAGUGACGGGAAAGAGUGGCGGUAAGAAAAUCUGGCUCUCUGAUGAUAUUUUUUCACGUAAUAAGUGGCAAACUAUUUUAAUAAAAAUUAAUAUAUCAGACAAUAUUUUUACUCGGUGGAGGACUCCUAUAGAUACGGCUAAGUGCAUGAUGAACGACUCUCUACCUGACCCCUCAAAAUUGUCUAUAACGGCUUAUGGCUCUUCAUGGUGGUUAAAUACCUCAUCAAUAAAUUGCAGCGUCGAGGGAAACAGGGAAAAUGAUGUAAGGAAUGUCAUCUGCGAAGAACCACCAAUCACACUCACAAAAGAUUUAUGGAAGACCAUGAAGAAUUGGAUAAUAGUGGCGGCGGUGUUUCUUGUGGCAGUGGUGAUGGGCGUCAUAAUGUGCUAUAAAUGCAACACAGCAAAUCCAGGUGAGGUAGGCAACGCGCAAUACGUCACAGAGAAUGACUUAUAUGAAUCGUUAGAUUACUGCAAGGAUCGCUCGCUGAACGACAAUAACACCAAAGGCAACGCAGCAAAUCCAGGUGAGGCAGGCAACGCGCAACACGUCACAGAGAAUGACUUGUAUGAAUCGUUCGAAUAUCACAUAAAGGAUCACUCGCUGCACGGGAAGUUCGACAAUAACACCAAAGUUGGCUUCUCGCCAGUGAAGAGAGAAGCACCGUACACCACUGAAAAUGAGCUGUAUGAAUCUUUCAGCAGUUGUGGGCACAGAUAUGACCAGUAGGCGAACCCAAAGAUUAAAUCCCUCAAUUGCUAUUUAUUUAUUGAUUUUUUUUUUUAAUAUUAGACAUAUUGGAUAGCAGAAGAUUAAAGAUAGAAUAAGGAAAUUUUAAUAAUGCAUAAAAAUUUCUCUUAUCAUGCAAAACUUGAGUUAUAAUAGUGUUUCCUUCUCUAUUCAUAGGAUACACUUUAGUACUAGAAAUUACAGGGAAAAUUUUGAUACGCCAUUUUCGUUUUAGAGGAUAUAGAUAAUUUGUGGCCUGUGUGGCAUAUGCUCAUAUGCUUUGUGUAUUUUAGAAUGUUGGUAUGUCGUGUGUGUGUGUGUGUGUGUGUGUGUGGUGUUAGUCCGUUGUCACUGAUUAUUGGUUGUUACCCACGAGGGUGAUGUUCUGUUUUCUAACUGUUGUUUGGCAUUUGUUUGAUAAAAUUAAUUAAUCAAUUCAUUCUCUCUCUCUCUCUCUCUCUCUCUCUCUCUCUCUCUCUCUCUCUCUCUCUCUCUCUCUCUCUCUCUCUCUCUCUCUCUCUCUCUCUCUCUCUCUC